AUGGCUUCCUCUCUAUGUCUCUUUCUUCUCUACUCAGUCAUUCUUCAAUCGGCAAUCUGUGUUGCAGCUCAAACCAAAAGUACUAUAGCCAUUGGUGAUUCUCAUACUGCUGAAUCCAACACCUCCCCAUGGUUGCUUUCACCUUCUGGUGACUUUGCCUUUGGUUUUCUACCACUUAAUGACACUAAUCUUUUUUUGCUUUCCAUUUGGUAUGCAAAAAUCUCUGAGAACACUGUUGUGUGGUAUGCUAAUGGCGACAGUCCUGCACCCAAAGGGUCAAAAGUUGAACUCAAUGCCAAUGAUGGGUUGGUGCUAACUUCUCCAAAUGGUGUCGGGUUAUGGAAUACUACUGAGGUACUCAACAGUGGAGUUUCUCGAGGUGUGUUCAAUGACACUGGCAAUUUUGUGCUUGAGGAUGGUGAUUUCAACAGUCUUUGGGAGACUUUCAAGCAUCCGAAUGACAACUUGUUGCCAUCUCAAGUUCUUGAGAAAGGUGUAAAGCUUAGUUCAAAGCUUAAGGAGAGGAAUUUCAGUAAGGGCAGGUUUGAGCUCCAUUUACAAAAUGAUGGUAAUCUUGUUAUGUAUUCUAUUAAUUUACCAUCUGGUUAUGCUAAUGAAAACUACUAUGAAAGUCAAACUGUUGGAUCCAAUAAAUCAAGUGCUGGAACUCAAUUGGUCUUUGACAGUUCAGGGGAGUUGUAUGUCUUGAGAGAGAACAAUGAGAAAUUCAAUAUGUCAGGAAAAGAUGGAGAAGAUGAUGACUCGAGUAAAGUCUCCACCACUGAUUUUUAUCUUAGAGCAACUCUUAAUUUGGAUGGAGUGUUUUCACUUUUCAAACAUCCAAAGAGUUCAACUGAUAGUAGUGGUUGGACUAUAGUGUGGUCACAUCCUGAAAAUAUAUGUAGUUAUAUCGCUGUUGCAGGUUCUGGUGUUUGUGGAUAUAAUAGCGUCUGCACAUUGGGAGAUGAUAAGAGACCAAGAUGUCAAUGUCCAAAAAGUUACUCACUUGUUGAUCCUGAUGAUCCAUAUGGUAGCUGCAAGCCAGAUUUCAUACAAGGAUGUGUAGAAGACGAUCUCUAUGACUUUGAGAUUUUGACUGAAACUGAUUGGCCUCUAUCAGAUUAUGUGUCUCAAAAGCCUUUUACUGAAGAACAGUGUAGGAAAUCUUGUCUGGAAGAUUGUUUUUGUUCUGUGGCUAUUUUCAGGACAGAUAGUUGCUGGAAGAAGAAGUUACCACUCUCAAAUGGGAUAUAUGAUGGCAGCACACUUGGUGAUGCUAAGGCCUUCUUGAAAGUGAGAAAAGAUAAUACCUCAAUCAUUGUGAACAAGAAUAAUAAUAGGGGAACUUUGGUAUUGGUUGUUUCUGUGCUUUUUGGUAGCUCUGCUAUUCUCAAUGCUGUAUUGAUUGUAGCAAUAUGUGUCAGCACCUCGAUGAUUCUUCAGUACGAGAAGAAACUUAGAAGAGUUAGCAGAAGUGACACUAGUGUUGAAACCAAUUUGCGUUACUUCACUUACAAAGAGCUUGAAAAAGCUGCCAAUGGAUUUGACAAAGAGCUAGGAAGGGGAUCUUUUGGUAUUGUUUAUGAAGGAGUCAUCAACAACAACACAAGUUCUGAAACUCGCGUGGCAGUAAAAAAGUUGAACAAUUUUUUGUUGGAUCAAGCUCAUAAGGAAUUUAGAAAUGAAGUGAAUGGCAUCGGUCUCACUCAUCACAAAAAUUUGGUUCGUUUACUUGGAUUUUGUGAGGGUGGAUCUGAAAGAUUGUUGGUUUAUGAGUACAUGAGCAAUGGCACUUUGGCAAAAUUUCUUUUUAAUUCUUCUGAUAAGAAACAAAGACCAAGUUGGAAACUAAGACUAGAAAUUGCAAUAGGGGUAGCUAGAGGACUUGUGUAUUUACAUGAAGAGUGCAUCACUAGGAUCAUCCAUUGUGACAUAAAGCCUCAGAACAUACUUCUUGAUGAUAAUUUCAAUGCAAGAAUCUCUGACUUUGGAUUGGCCAAGCUGUUGAACAUGAAUGAGAGCAAAACCAAUACUGGCAUAAGGGGGACAAAAGGGUAUGUUGCAGUAGAAUGGUUUAAAAACAUGCCCAUCACAACUAUGGUGGAUGUGUAUAGUUAUGGAGUAGUGCUACUAGAGAUUAUUUCAUGUAGAAGAUGUGUUCAAGAAAUGGAUCAAGGAGAAGAAGAGAAAGCAAUAUUGACUGAUUGGGCUUAUGAUUGCUACAGAGAUGGUGCUGUAGAUGCAUUGGUUGAGGGAGACAAUGAGGCAUUGGAUGACAAAGGAAAGUUGGAGAAAUUGGUAAUGAUUGCAAUUUGGUGUGUUCAAGAGGAUCCAGUUCUUAGACCAAGCAUGAGAAAUGUGAUACAUAUGCUUGAAGGUACUGUUGAAGUGCAAGUUCCACCAUACCCCUCUCCUGUUAGUAUUCAAUAUUCUCUAAUUUAA